AUGGGAGAUCCAUGUGUACCGGCUGAUCAUCUCUCCCCUUCGUCAAUCGUGGAAAAAUAUACGCUUGAUGGCUCGGAUGGAGUGAUCAAGUUUGCGAAUGGGAACAAUGUGAGCCUCUCUCUAGCUCUGGACUCACAAAAUCGGGAACGCGAUAGCGCACGUAUUCACACCACCACCAUAAGCGAUUAUAAGGGAGAUGUUCGGGCACUGAAAGGACGCUUCCUAACAGUUCAAGGUGACUUAAUAGCUUUCCGUUUCUACAACGAGAAUACAGGUGAUGUGAUCCGCAUAAUCAACAGAGUCUCGCGUAAUCGUCGUCUCAUCAAGGGUUUCUCCAAAGCCCCAGUCGAUCUUUGCUUCGCUACACAUCUUCCGCUUCUUGCAGUUGUAGACGGCGAGUCAAAUCUUCAUGUCUAUUCUGUUGCGUCAGACUGUCAAGAUGUGGAGACCUACAUAAAUAUCAUGAACUGGCCGGGUGGUACAUCGAACAGUACACCACGGGUGGUGUGGUGCCCAUAUGUUGCAGAGAAUCCUUCCGAUCCGUCUGAUGUUGUGAAUAUGCUGGCUUUGUCUAAGAAGAAUACCGUAUACGUCGUAAACCUAAGUAUUCUGAAAGAACGUGGAUCAAGAAUGACUUUCGAAGAAGCGUUAGCAGUAGAAGAAGCGAUUCUUUCAGUUGAAAUGGAAGAGGAUGUCACUGCCGUUUGCAUAUCUCCCGACUCGACUGCUGUGGCCAUCGCUCGAGCAGAUGGUGUCGUGUCAUUUUAUGUUAUGAACUCAAAUGAAAGUGGAUUGAAAUUUGCGCAUACAUGGAAUCCUCAAAUGAAUAGACCGAUCGUAGAGCUAUUCUUCCUUGAUGGAGCUCGUCACAUUAAGAAUCAGGAGCAAUUCUGGCGUCACUGUCUUGUUGUUGCUGAAGGUGGACGCCGCUUGGCUCUUUUUGAAUGCGAAAAUUGGCGCUGUCUGGGGCGUGUGCGUUUUGAAUCUUCUGUCGAAAUGGCGACUUUUGCUGUACACGUGGAUCCUCAGGCUCGCUACGCCCAUAUACUUGAUAUAGAUGGAUCGAAUGUUUUCUGUGUGGAGUUGGAAUAUUCGGAUCAUCCUAGAUUUGCCGGUGUCACACAGGUCACAUUCUCACAUCAGAUUAUUGCUAUUGUUCCAUACGAGCUCGAUGUUCACCUUGAAUUGGCUGAGCUGCCCAAGCCAAAUAUAGAUGUGGUGCCAGUCAUUAAAACUGAUGCUGAUCGUGAUGAGGCUGAGCGUAACAAUGAGGGCCCGAGUAAUUUGCUUACUAUGGUUCACCCUCCUGCAAUGAAUUCAACCCCUACGAUAACUUACGAAAAAUUAUUGGAACAUGUAAAGGAUAUGAGUGACAAGAUUGAGCAACUUUCUAUGCGUGUGGAGCGAGCUGACAUCGAACGACGCUCUGCUGCUACAAAUGAGCAUAUUCUAUCGCAGCUCCAAUGUUUCAAAGAAGAGUUUUCUUUGCGUGAGGACCGUCUUCUUGCGAACGUAUCUGAUUUGAUUGAAACAAAUCAUCGUGAGACUAUUAAUGUUGUUCGGAAUGCUCUAAAUGAGAAUUCAGUCGCUGUCGAGAAUUCAAUUCAAGCCAACCAUAAGAUGUCAAAAACGAGUUUUCGUCCAAUUUUCUUUUAUGAGUUCAAACUCGGUCGUAGUACAGCAGAGAUGUCUCGAAACUUUAAUGAAGUUUGGGGUGAAGGUAAUGUUGCUGAAUCAAUAGUGCGAACGUGA